AUGGAUUUGUCAUCGUGUAUAGCCUUGGGGAGGAUACCUGAUCUGUCAAACUCGGCAAUGCUGAAAGAAUUAAAGCUCUACCGGUGCGAGAAGCUGCAUGAAAUUGAGGGUCUUAAUGGUUUGAAAUCCUUGGAGAUGCUGGAGUUGUCAUGGUGCACAGCCUUGGAGAGGUUACCUGAUUUGUCGAACUCGGAAAUGCUGGAGGAAUUAAUGCUCUACCAGUGCGAGAAGUUACAAGAGAUUGAGGGUCUUAAGGGUUUGAAAUCCUUGAAGAUGAUGGACUUGUCAUCAUGUAUAGCCCUGGGGAGGAUACCUGAUCUGUCAAACUCGGCAAUGCUGAAAGAAUUAAAGCUCUACCGGUGCGAGAAGCUGCAAGAGAUUGAGGGUCUUAAUGGUUUGAAAUCCUUGAAGAUGCUGGACUUGUCAUGGUGCACAGCCUUGGAGAGGUUACCUGAUUUGUCAAACUCGAAAAUGCUGGAAGAAUUAAUGCUCUACCAGUGCGAGAAGUUACAAGAGAUUGAGGGUCUCAAGGGUUUGAAAUCCUUGAAGAUGAUGGACUUGUCAUUAUGUAUUGCCUUGGAGAGGAUACCUGAUCUGUCAAACUCGGCAAUGCUGAAAGAAUUAAAGCUCUACCGGUGCGAGAAGCUGCAAGAGAUUGAUGGUCUUAAUGGUUUGAAAUCCUUGAAGAUGCUGGACUUGUCAUGGUGCACAGCCUUGGAGAGGUUACCUGAUCUGUCGAACUUGGAAAUGCUGAAAGAAUUGAAGCUCUGCAUGUGCCAGAAGCUGCAUGUGAUUGAGGGUCUUAAGGGUUUGAAAUCCUUGAAGAUGCUGGACCUGUCAUCAUGCAUAUCGUUGGAGAGGUUAUCUGAUUUGUCAAACUCGGAAAUGCUGAAAGAAAUGAAGCUCCACAUGUGCCAGAAGCUGCGCGUGAUUGAGGCUCUUAAGGGUUUGAAAACCUUGAAGAUGCUGGACUUGUCAUGGUGCACAGCCUUGGAUAGGUUACCUGACAUUUCGAACUCGAAAAAGUUGGAAGAAUUGAAGCUCUGCAUGUGCCAGAAUCUGCAAGUGAUUGAGUGUCUUAAGGGAUUGAAAUCCUUGAAGAUGGUGGACCUGUCAUCUUGCACAGCCUUGGAGAGGUUACCUGAUCUGUCGAACUCGGAAAUGCUGGAAGACUUAAUGCUCUACCGGUGCGAGAAGUUACAUAAGAUUGAGGGUCUUCAGGGUUUGAAAUCCUUGAAGAUGCUGGACUCGUCGUCGUGCAUAGCCCUGGAGAGGUUACCUGAGUUGUCGAACUUGGAAAAGCUGGAAAAAUUACUGCUCCACCGGUGCGAGAAGCUGCAUGUGAUUCAGGAUUUCAAGGGUUUGAAAUCCUUGAAGUUGCUGGACUUGUCAUGUUGCACAACCUUGGAAAAGUUACCUGAUCUGUCGAACUCGGAAAAGCUGGAAGAAUUAAUUCUCCACCGGUGCGAGAAGCUGCAUGUGGUUUUGGGUUUCAAGGGUUUGAAAUCCUUGAAGUUGCUGGACUUGUCAUGUUGCACCACCUUGGAAAAGUUACUUGAUCUGUCAACACUAACAAAGUUAGAGAAAUUGCUACUUCAUAAGUGUGAGAAACUUAGUGAGAUUUUGGGACUUGAAAAACUGAAAUCUGUAGAAUUGUUGGACAUUUCUGAAUUGGUGAGGGUUUGGGGUCGUGUUACAGAACAAGCUUCAAAGCUUGAAAGGAUUCAAAAUAAUUCCAUAAGUGGAGGAAUUAAAGCCAGUGAAGAAGAAGCAGGAGCAUCUGGAGCAAAAGUUACGCCGGAGCUUGAGGGCCGGAAAAGGUGGGCUAUGAGAAACAAGAGGAUGAGAAGUGUUAGGAGUCGGGAAACACAGAGAUCAAAGUAUAUUGUUGUAGCAGUUUGGAAGAAGAGUUGGAAUGUUGAAAUGAAUACCCUCAUUCAUAUGCCAUAUAAAUUUUAG